AUGGUCAGGUUACGAUUUAAUGGCUCAUUGGCUAUGGGACUCUUAUUGCUUCAGACGGUUUUACUGCUGAUUCUGUACUGCAAACACAAUAAGCCCGUAGCGAGGACGGAGGCCAAGGUCCAUCUACUCAUUCUCUCCUCCUGGAGGUCAGGAUCGUCCUUUGUUGGCCAGAUCUUCAGCCAACAUCCAAAAGUGUUCUACCUAAUGGAACCCGCUUGGCACGUGUGGGUGUCCAUGUUUCAGAACAGCGCUAAGGUUCUUCACAUGGCGGUCAGAGACUUGGUGCGGUCCGUGUUCCUGUGUGACAUGUCCGUGUUUGACGCCUAUAUGCCAAAGCAGCGCAAUGUUUCCACCCUGUUCCAGUGGGCCACCAGCAGGGCGUUAUGCACAGAUCCGGCCUGCAAGAUCUUUGAACGUGACCACAUUACAAAUGAGUCGUCUUGUAAGACAGUAUGUGGGAAAUACCCAUUUGACAAUAUCGAACAAGUAUGUAGUAUGUACAGUCACGUGGUCAUAAAGGAAGUCCGCUUCUUUGACUUGAAGGUUCUCUAUCCUCUUCUCAACGAUCCUUCAUUGAACUUUAAAGUAAUCCAUUUGGUACGGGAUCCAAGAGCCGUGGCCAAAUCCAGGGAACAGUCAAGGAAGGCUUUUAUGAGAGACAAUGGGAUUGUCCUCAACACCAAUGGAACCAAAGUAGACGACAUCAAGUAUGAGGUCAUCCAGGAGAUCUGUCGAAGUCACGUGCAGAUAUAUGAAACCGCCACCUAUAAGGCCCCCAGCUUCCUUAAAGAUCGAUACAUGCUGGUCAGGUACGAAGACGUGGUUCAAGAACCCUUGAAGGAAAUCAUGCAGAUGUACGAAUUUGCUCAUUUACAACUGACGCCCAAGCUGAAGAAGUGGAUCCACAACAUCACACAUGGACAAAGCCCCGGAAACCGAAAGGAAGCCUUCGUCAUAACAUCACGCAACGCCGCCAAUGUGUCUCAAGCCUGGAGGAACAUUCUUUCCUUUGAAAAAGUGAAGAAGAUCCAAAACGUAUGCAAAGGGGCCAUGAAAAUGCUUGGUUAUCUCCCCGUGGACUCAAUGUCGGAACAGGAAGACUUGUCCAUCGAUGUUGUAUUACCCAGGAAAAGGAGCCAGUUCAGUUGGCUAUGA